UUUGCUACUGUUUUAUGGUAGUCCUUUUUUUGGAUUGUUUGCUAUAUUUCUUCCAAACGUUCUCUGUUUAUUUUCUACCUAAUCAAUAAUUAUCAGUCUACCUAUACUGUAGUCUCCACCGAAACAUCGAGCAAUAACUUGCGCAAGAUAAUCUGCUGCACAACGAGCACUGAACAUGCGGGGCUUUUCGGGGCUUUUCGGGGCCCAAUGCAUCCGAGGCCCUGCAACCAAGACUGUCCGAAAGCGGAAAUUCGCCACGCGUUCUGCUGGCUGCCCAGGGCCCUGCUGCUUCGGGACGCCUGCCUGUUUGGGAAAGGCCUCUGUGUUCGCAGAAAAAAGAAAAUUUUUCUGGAUUCCGCUCAAAAAAGUUUCUGAUCUCACUGCAGAAAGUGAAGAAAAACCAAAAUCCAACAGUGAAGAAAACUUUUGCUCGUUCAAUUGUGUAUCUUUCUUGAGUCUAUCUCUUUCUCUUUCUCUUUCUCUUUCUCUUGAUUCCACUUCUCAUCCUCCGCUCUCCACCACAAUAGACUCCACGACGAUAUACUAUAUUAUAACUCAACAUCUCCAACACUCAACAACAGAAGCCUGCCAGUAGCUUGUUCCUUAAUAACCACAACACAAACCGAUCACCAACCCAACCCCAAUCCCAAUACUGUCUCCAGCUGACUGCUCAUAAGGUAUAACUGCAGCUUAGAAAAUUUCUUAUAUUUUUGUUACUUCUAAUUAAUUCAAUUUCUUUACCAUUGUUUUAUUUUAGUUUUAAUUCUGAUUAUAAUU